CUAAACUUAAACAACAUUAUGAAUUAAGACAAUUAGAUUUUGAAGAUAGUUUAAUUAAAGCAGCAUUAAAUAAUUUCUGUCAAAACAUUUAUCUAAAUCAAUUUUCAAACCAAUUUUAUCAUGCUUUUGGUAAAAGUCAAGUUGUUGAUAUUGAAAAAAUUCAGGGUAGUAAUGAUAUUUGA